GGUGGGAUAUGGUUAAUGCGCCUGCCAUGGAGCGCAUCCGAUGGAACCUUUGACUGGACACGAUUUACAACUCCACGCCAUUCUUGAAUGUGCAACCGGAGGAAAUCGAUACUGGAUGCACUUGUUCAUCGAGAUUUAUUAUCUACGCGAGAUUCCAUAUCUAUUUGCCCGGGGGUUUCUGGCUAUUGGGGGUUGCUUGGUGUUGGAACCUUCUCACUAACUGCCUUUUUUUUUUUUUUUUUUUUCCUUUUUGGAGCGUUAUAGGAAAACCAACCGCACAAUCAUAUCUCUGGCGCAGAGUUCCGUGCAUUCUGAUAGAAUUGCUUCGUCGUCGUUGGUAUCUUGCGCAUC